AGCCAUGUUUUUAUACACGUUGGCUCAUCAUAAGAAGAAUAGGUCUAUUGGACAUUACUUCUAUAGAAGUGGAGAAACCGUGAGCCGACAAUUUCACCUUUGUCUAAGGGCUUUUCUCAAGUUGCAUGAAGUACUACUUUACAAUCCCACACCAAUAUUGGAUGAUUGUGAAGAUGAAAGGUGGAAAUCCUUCAAGAAUUGUUUAGGGGCAUUAGAUGGGACUUACAUUAAUGUAAAUGUGCCUUCACAAGAACGACCAAAGUAUAGAGCAAGAAAAGGAACGAUUGCUAUGAAUGUAUUGGGUGUUUGUGCACCUAAUAUGCAAUUUAUUUAUGUUCUUCCUGGUUGGGAAGGCUCGGCCCAUGAUAUGCGUGUACUUCGAAAUGCUCUUUCUAGACCAAACGGUUUUAGAGUACCUCGAGGUAAGUGAAGGCCUUUUUUGUGAGUGUAUAUGUUUUAUUAGUUUUGGUUGGAAGUAAUUAUUUUUUUUCAAUAACUUUGAAGGUAACUAUUAUUUGGCUGAUGCGGGGUAUACGAAUUGUGAGGGUUUUCUUGCUCCAUAUAAAGGUCAAAGAUACCAUUUAAAAGAAUGUUUUAUUAGUGUGUUUUUCUGUAUUGUUGUAAUCCCAUCAUUCUCAAUUCAAGAUUAGUUAAUCCUAUUAUGUUGUUUUGAUUGUAAAGUUUGGUGUACAUUGAUCUUGUAUCGAAACAUAAGGCUUCAUUGGUCUAGAUUUACUAUUAGGAUUUUGUCUUGGACAUUAUAUUUUCUAGUUUUCAUUGAUUUGUACUAGUGUGCUUCAUUGCCUUCAUGGUUAUAGGCUAGGAAAUUUUGCUAAGGCACUUUAAUACUGAUGCAUCUUAGGCACUCCAACCUCUUUUGACACAAUUGAUGGAUCUUUGGGUGCUAAUUAAAUUUAUGUACCUUUUAAAUCUAUUGUUGAAAAAAAAAAACUCAUUAAUCUCAUAAUCUCCAUAAUUUUACUCUUAAGCCUUGACAUCUCAUAACCUCUACUAGUCUGCUUGUUAUCCUUUCAGUCUUUAUUGCAUCUGUACCACUACCUUUUUUAUGGUGUUAUGUUUUUGUAUGUUAACAUUUUCAAUGGUGAUUGUUAAAUGAUGUCUUUAUUUU